CUCCCCUUCAGAAGUAGUCUUACCUAUAGAACCCGGAAACAGUCGCCGGUUUUUGGUGACGCUGCAUUAGAAACGGCAAGACAUGGCACAGCCUCGAUUGUUCAGCUUGGUCUUUCUUACCCUGGCUCUUGGAGCCCAGGCUCUGACCCCAUCCCAUUAUCUUUCUCGCUCUGAUGUGGAGAGACUUCAAGCCCUAAUGAGGCAGCCCUUUACGGAUCUUGAAUCUGCAUACUACUCCAUUGUUGGUCUUGGUAAACUUGGGUCUUCCAUUGCUGAUGAAGGUGAUGCCUGCCAGUUCCUGAAGUCCAAGCUUGACCCCACGAGUGUUGAUUCCCUCUUCUUUGCUGCCGAGUCCAGUCAGGCUAUUUCAGGAUGUGAGAUUCCGGUGUCAAACGAGACUCGGGACCUUCUACUAGCAGCAGUCAGUGAAGACUCCAGUGUGACUCAGAUCCAUCGGGCUGUGAGUGCCAUCAGUUCUCUGGGGCUGCCUCUUGCCUCACAGGAGGUUGUCAGUGCCCUUGCUGCCAGGAUUACGAAGGAGGACAACGUUUUGGCGAUCACACAGGCUCUUCUGACCGCCGCUCGGCUCUCCCAGCAGGCAGAGCUUGGGGGGAUCCUGGAGGAGAUUGAGGAUCUUGCUGCACGCCUGGAUGAUUUGGGUGGAGUAUAUCUGCAGUUUGAGGAGGGACUUGAGGCAACUGCCUUGUUUGUGACUGCAGCCUAUUCUCUGUCAGACCAUGUGGAUAUGGAGCCCCCUUUGAAGGAGGACCAGGUCAUCCAGCUGGUGAACUCUGUUUUUAGCAAGAAGUCCUGGGAUUCGCUAUCUGAAGCCUUCAGUGUUGCCAGUGCUGCUGUUGCCUUGUCCAACAACCGUUUCCAUGUGCCAGUCAUUGUCAGUGCCCAAGGGCCUGCCACGGUGUCUCACAGCCAGCCCACCCUCCAGCUUCUAGUUACUAAUGUGCUUUCCCAGCCCCUGGCCUCAGCCAGUGUGGUGGUGGAGUCUGCUAAUGCCCUGGCUUCCAAGAGCGUCAUCCUCAGCCAGGCACCUUUCACCUUAAGAGAUGGUGUUUUUGAGCUGAACUUCAUGGCCAGCCAGCCAGCUAGCGGAUAUUACCAGUUCACUGUGGCUGUGACUGGGGACAGCAGAUUUGUUGCCAAUCAAGUUGAGAUGAAAGUGAAGGUCUCUACUGAAGUUGCCAUCACUAACAUGGAUUUGUCUGUGGUGGAUAAGGACCAGAGCAUUGGCACUAAGACAACCAGGGUGGAAUACCCCUUCAAGGCCAAGACCUCCUUUACCGCUGAUGGCCACCAGAACUUUGCCAUGUCCUUCCAGUUAGUGGAUGUCAACACUGGAGUUGAGCUCACCCCCCACCAGACAUUUGUCAGGCUGCACAAUCCGAAAACAGGCCAAGAGGUUGUGUUUGUGGCAGAGCCAGACAGUAAGAACCUUUACAAGUUUGAGCUGGACACCGCAGAGAGAAAGUCUGAGUUUGACUCAAUGUCUGGAACCUAUGCUCUCCACCUCAUGGUUGGAGAUGCUACUCUGGAGAACCCCAUUUUGUGGAGCGUGGCGGAUGUAGUUCUCAAGUUUCUCGAUGAGGAGGCUCCAGCCACCAUCCAGUCUAAGACCCUAUAUGUGCCAAAACCAGAUAUUCAGCAUCUGUUCCGUGAACCAGAGAAGAAGCCUCCCACGAUGGUGUCCAACACCUUCACCGGCCUGAUCCUCUCCCCCUUCCUCCUCCUGCUGGUGCUGUGGUUGAAACUAGGGGCCAACAUCUCCAACUUCAGCCUAUCUCCCAGCUCAGUUCUUUUCCAUAUUGGCCAUGCAGCCAUGCUAGGUCUGAUGUAUGUCUACUGGACCCACCUCAACAUGUUCCAGACUCUGAAGUACUUGGCCAUCAUCGGCAGUCUCACUUUCUUGGCUGGGAAUCGCAUGCUGGCCCAAAAAGCAGUAAAGAGGAUUGCUGCAGAGCAAAGUAGUAGAUUGGCAAAAUAUAGGAGCCUGCGGUAAAGGCCUCUAUUCAUAUACAAAAUGGCCAGUCUUCCGGGUUAAAAAUUGAAAGUAAAUGAAGACAAAACAUAGAAGAAGAUUGAAGAUGCUUAAACAUUUGUUUCCAAGAAUUGAAGGACACAAAGUCAAAAUGGCAUAUUACGUGAAUUCCUUUUUUGUUUGUGUUAUCAGUGUGUCUUAAAAUGUCAGAACUGAAGCUCACUGAUAAGACAUUCUCUCACUGCAGGCUUUAAAGCUAUCACUUCUUGCACUUCAUCUUGUGAUUUUUUUGACAGUGGGCUAUGGUCGUUUUUAUGGUUUCUUUAUGAAAUUUGAAUGGAUUGGGGUUUUUGUACAUUCUUGUUUUCUAUUUCUGAAUGUCUGUCUCACCACUGAAGUUAGCACCCAGUUUUACAACAUGUUUAAGUGCAUUGAAAGUGUCAUUACUGGCAUGGUCAACAUCAAGAACCUUUCAUGGAGCCAUAUAAGAUUAGCUUGUACAAGUACUGAAUUAAAUGUUUUCCCCUUUGAUAAAAACAAUUCCAUGUGGAGAAGAGAAUAACUGAUGGGUAAUUCCAGAAAAUCAGAUGUUUUGUAAUGAAAGGAAAUAAAGAAAAUGAGAAUUA